AUGCUGAUGUCUCAUAACCUUUCAGAUUGGUUGCGUGUGAUUGGCCUUGACGAUGAACGGUAUCGUGGUUCCACCGCUGAGCCGAUUCCCAUUACGGGCAUUCUAGGCUCUGGCGCUUCAUGCACAGCGAAGAGUCGACCAAAAUUACUGCGACACAACAUGUUGUCGUAUUCAGAGGAGAGCGUGACGGCAUGGACACAUUCGACAAAUUUUACUGCGACACAACAUGUUGUCGUCUGCCUUGAUUCUUCUUGCAUGACGGGGCAAAAGACCUCAAUGCAAGAGCUAACGCUCAACACCGAAAAACGGCCAUACAAAAUUGAUGAGGAUGUUUCUGCACCUUUACAACCUGCUAUUCUCCUCUAUUUCUCCCCGGGGGCGGGCUGGCAAGGCAUUCCGGAACGUCGCGUCGCAGUCUCAGAUGGUUCCAACAACAAACUUGGGAAGCUUGUCCUUGUCAGCGAAGGUCGCAAUCGAAUCGAGAGCACCUCAGGAAUGUGUACCGUAUAUUCAAAUUCGAAUACACUUCCUCAUGAAGUUCAUGCUGCCAUGGUCACUUACAUGUUUACACAAAAAAAGGGCAUCUCUCAGAAGCCCAACGUUGCGGAUUCAUGGGCUCUCAGCAAGACUCUUCCCGAAUAUGGGCACAUCAGGGUUGAUCUUAAGGAAGGAAAGCAAAUUGGGACGUCAUUUGCCUCUGCGCUAUCGACCGUGCGUGGAGACGAUUCCACCACGAAUGGCUGGCGGUUGUCCAAGCCUCUGGCGUGGCUCUUGGAUAUACCCUUCAUUGGUGUGACGUUGUGUCAGGUCACUCAUGCGAACCAUGGAGGGUAUGCUAGAAAUGCAUACCAUCUGGCAGAGAUACUGGAAUGGUACACUGGUUUUUAUGAUGUCGAGGGAUAUUGGGAUCCAGCUGUGUGUCCUGGUAUGGCGACGGCAAUGAUCACUCUGGCUGUGGUAUUUGAUAAUGUCAAAGGGGCAUAUCGUCGGGCUCAUGGCCUGACUGCCGUCGGGCACGUCAGGCGCGGAAAACGUCUGCAGUUGUCGCCUUUGCUCUACAAUUCCGACAUUGGGCUUCAGCCACUUUUCGAGGAGCGAGCAUCAGCGGACGUGAGCUAUGCUUCGGAGCCUGAACGAAUGUGCCUCCACCGAGGACUGUCUCAGUUUGGAGGAUCAUCCUGCCAUAUCGUCGUACAUGCACCAGUCGAAGUCAGGGUGUACUCGCAAUUGCAUCGUUCUAGGGAGCACCCGAGUCCAUCUUCAUGGAGCCUUCUCCAGACGGCGAAGCCGUUCAUUUCUGUGGCUGUCAGCAUUCCUGGAUCACACCAAACGCCCAACAUCCUGCACGUUGACAGAAAUUCGAACACUAAGCGGGAGCUACGGUCACAAAAGAACAUGCUGGACCCGGAUGACGGCGAACUACCUAGCAGGCAAAGAGAGUCUUUACAGACAACCGCACGAGCUGCGGAGAGCAUGGUCCGGUUCACUGGCGAUAAUCGACUCGUGCCGUUGCCCUGUCUCAUGGAACGUGAGGGCAAGGCUCAGUGGGCAUGUUUAUAG